AUGGAUAAUUUCAAACUUGUUCCUGCGACCAUGAUAAUCGACGGAGAUGCCUGCCCCAAGUAUUAUGAUCGGAAUCUCUACCGGCAAGCCAUGAAAUUCGUGCCUACUGAGAGACAUAUUAUAGAGGUUACCUAUCCCAGAAGUGGAACGCACUUGGUGCAACAACUGAUUCAGCUCAUUGUGAACGGAGGUCAGUCGGCAAAGACGUUUGCCGAAUUCUCCCAGUCGGCCCCGAUUCUCGAGCUAAACUCCCGAGAGACGGUGACUCGAACGAGACUCCUGCGAACGCACCUUCCGAUGAACAGAAUGCAAUUCAGCGACGAAGCGAAGUGCGUGUACGUUGCCAGGAAUCCCUGGGAUUGCUGCGUUUCCAACUUUCACCUGACCACGGAUUUUCCCGUGUUCGAUUUUGGGAAGGGAAAAUUCGAAGACUUCCUGGACGCAUUCCUUCAUGGACGGGCCGGCUUUGGCGACUAUUUUGACCACGUACUCUCGGGCUACGCCCGCAAAGAUUGCCUGAACGUUUUGUUUCUGACGUACGAAGAGAUUCAAAAGAACAAGACCGACGUUAUUUUGAGGUUGGCCAACUUUUUGGGUGACGCUUACGGUGCAGCGUUAAAAGACGACCGGGCAGCACUUGCGCAGGUUGUUGAGAAGAGCGAAUUGCCUUUCAUGAAAGAGUUAAUUCCGAGCAGUUAUAGAGAUCUAAUGGAAGUGUUUAGCCAGACAACGAGCUCAAUAAAUUCAACUCAAUGUGUUAGUCAAGAAGGGACAAACGACGACAUUAAAGUGGCAAACCUUGUGCGCAUAGGAGGUGUCGGAGGCUGGAAAGCAUACUUUUCGGAUCAAAGCCGGAAUAAAAUGCAGGCCAUGAUUAGCGAGAAAUUUAGGGGGAUAAACACGCAGGCAAACUCCUUCGCAAAAGGUGUGACCAGUGACUGGGUCCAGACUGAUGGUAGCAGCGACACCGCCAUCAGUGCCAGCAGCACGUCGAUCCCAGUCCCCAGCGCAUCAGACGACGAUGACAGCGACGACGGCGACGACGAAGACGAUGACGAGGUCAAGCAUCCCACGUACGAGUCGUUCAUCAAAGAAAGCUGUGUCGGGUAA